UUUCAUUUUGUGACGCUUUAAACCCUGUGACGCUUUAAAACCUUUGUUUUCCUCAUAAGGUUAUUAAGCCAGACAAUCUGAGCAUUUCUCCAUGGCUACUGGAAAGCUUAUUCGUGCGCUAGCACAACGAACCUAUUCGAUUUCGCGACCUGCUGCUGCUCCACGCGCCAACCCAGGUUCCAUACUCGGCACUGUAACACACACAAAACAUUCUUAUCUUCCUCUCCAAGCGCAAUGCACGUAUGGGCAUUUUCAUUUACAUCCCCCAGCAAAUGGAAUUACGAGUCUGUUCAGGCGUUAUCUUGCCACUUCAUCAGAGGGCGCCGCCGAUCAGAACGCUGAUUCAGCUUCGAAAGAUGAGGUGGGCAACUCACAAGGCACCGAAAAUAGGGCAAGCAAAGGUGUGAAGAAGGCUAAAAAUAUCGAGCCUGACUUGAACUCUAGGGUUUACAGGGAAAGUCUCAGUGCAAGAGAAAUCACUGAUGCCGACGAAAUAGGAUACAGUAUUAUUGGCCCGGCUAAGACCGGCGAAUUCCCUAGGAAGCCCAAACUUCCCAUAUAUGCCGUCGUUCAGGUUGGUGCCCAUCAAUUCAAGGUGUCUAGUGGGGAUCGUAUUGUUGUCGAGAAGUUGAAGUAUGCGGAUGUUAACCAGAAGAUACUUCUGAACAAGGUUUUGAUGCUGGGAACACAAUCACAAACCAUUAUUGGUAGACCAAUGCUUCCAACUGCAGCUGUUUGUGCACUAGUUGAAGAGCAAGGAUUAGGUGCCACAGUGAUAAUCUUUAAGAAAAAGCGCAGAAAGAAUUACCGCCGGACAAAUUUUCACCGCCAGGAGCUCACCACGUUAAGAAUAAUGGAUAUCCACGGAUUGGACAAAUCAUUACUUGAAGCAACUUAUGCAGAAUAGGGCAAUUUCUAAUCAUCUAAAUUAACGUAAGCAAAGGCCCCUUACAAUAUUUUGAAGAAUCAAAGCUGGAGCAGAUUCUUCAGGAUUGCUGCUGUCAUAAAUUUUGUAAAAGCUCUGGGGAAGCUCUAGUAUUUGUUAACUUAUGGAUUUAGCUAAGAAGAUAAUAGUGUUGUCACUUCGUUGCUGUCUUUCAAUGGUGGCAAUUCCUGUUACUAUCACAAGUUUAUUUGGUGUACUUGUUGCCUAUUUAUUGUUUGUUGAUGCUAUUUAAUCGGCAUUCUUAGAAUAAUUUGCAGAAUUUAACUUUUGUAAUUGAUGGUGUUCUAGGCUUCAGUAUACAACUUUUCCAGUUGAGGAGGAUUGACAAGAAGCAUAUAAUCAUUGCACGUUAUGAUUCCCGUAAUAUAGGACAUGCAUGUUACAAGUAUAACUAUUGCAGGCUUGGGAACAAUUUUUGUUUUUUCAACACCCUGCUAGCUUUUAUGAGAAGGGUCGAUCGUCAGUGACA